GAAGUCAAAGAAAGGGCCUUUACACUGGUACGCGUUUUCAAGAAACAGUCGUCCCCUAUUUAUUUGUUGCACAGUCACACCACCACCUCCUUUUCAGACCCUUAUCUCUCUCUCUCUCUCUCUCUCUCUUUCUCUCUCUUCCUCCCUUGCAAUUUACUACUACAACUCUCUCUCUCUCUCUCUGCAUUUUUUUUUAUUGUCCCAACUGCGUGCUUAUUCAACUUUCCCCUCGUCUUUUCUGCGUUUGUGUGCGCUUGACCGAGUCAACUCGCUCCGUUGAUUCAAAGAAACUCGUUCGUUCUGUUGGAUUGGAUUACAUAAGAAUCGCUGCCACUUUGUUUAAUUUGAGGUUUCUGAUGAAAUGAUCGAGCUUUGGAGAUCUAGAAAUCGUACCUUGUCUGCAUUUCUGGUUUGCUGCCUUUAUUUGCUCAACGAUAGUUUUUGCUUGUCUCUCAACCAUGAAGGUGUUGCUUUGCUGAGAUUUAAAGAAGAAAUUGAGAGUGACCCACAUGGGGCUUUGUCGAAUUGGAUCGAUGAAGUUGGAGUGGAGACUCCUUGUUCUUGGUUUGGAGUUCAAUGCUCUCAAGGCUAUGUUGUUAUUUUGAACCUCAAGAAUCUGUGUCUGCAAGGUACUCUUACUCCUCAUAUAGGCAACCUAAUUCACAUGAAGUCUAUAAUGUUGCGCAACAAUUCGUUUUCCGGAUUAGUUCCAGAAGAAAUUGUAAAUUUAAAAGAAUUGGAGGUGUUAGACAUUGGAUAUAAUAACUUCAGCGGACUUCUUCCAUGCGAUCUAGGCAACAAUUUGUCGUUGACUAUUCUUUUACUGGACAACAACGAGCUUCUACGCAGUACAAGGCCCGAAAUUUACCUUCUUCAAAAGCUAUCCGAAGCCCAAGUCGAGGAUAGCCUUUUAUCCGUAUCCAAACACUCCCCAUCUUGUAAUAGCCUAUUAAUGUCAUGGAAUUCAUUGAAAACGAAAAAAGUUUCAGCACGGAAGCUAUUACAACAAACUCCUAGAUCCCCAUUGUUUGUAUUUCGUCCUCCACCGACACCCCCCCGUGUAUUUGUGCCACCUAAUCCAUUUUUCAAUUUCACCCCCCCUCCUCCAACUCCGACUCCGACUCCACCUCCAACUCCACCUCCAACUCCAACUCCAUCUCCAUCUCCAUUAACACCGAGUUCUUCACCUUCACCUGCUAAUCGUACUACUACUCCUCCAACUCCACAUAUAAAUCCAGCAGAAACACCUCCUACCCCACUGAGUAAAAAAUCCAAUUCGAAUAAUCGAUUAAUAAUGUCGGCAGCCAUUGGCGGUCCGCUAUUGCUUCUAAUUCUAAUCUUCGGGAUCUUCAUUUAUCGAAGCGGUAAGGUUACUUCUGUCAAGCCAUGGGCAACAGGAUUAAGCGGACAGCUGCAGAGAGCAUUCGUUACCGGGGUGCCGAAACUAAAGAGAUCCGAACUUCAGGCUGCGUGUGAAGAUUUUAGCAACGUGAUUGAUGCUUCGUCGGUUUGUACUUUCUAUAAAGGUACAUUGUCGAGUGGUGUCGAGAUAGCAGUUGCGUCUAUUACAGUAACUUCUGCAAAGGACUGGUCGACUAGUUUGGAAGCUCAGUACAGGAAGAAGAUCGACACGCUAGCAAAAGUGAAUCACAAGAAUUUCGUUAGCCUACUCGGCUAUUGUGAAGAAGAGGAACCGUUCACCAGGAUGUUGGUUUUCGAGUAUGCUCCUAACGGAACUCUCUUUGAGCAUAUACACAUAAAAGAAGCCGAACACUUGGACUGGUCAACUCGACUGAGAAUAGCAAUGGGGGCGGCCUACUGCCUGGACUACAUGCACCAACUAAACCCGCCGCUACCCCAUCGAAACCUAACCUCCUCACUAAUCUAUCUAACCGAAGAUUACGCUGCAAAAGUAUCCGAUUUCAUCACUCUAGAAGAAGCUUCUUCUACUUCUUCUUCGUCAGCCAAUCAGAUGCAACCGAGUAUUGAAAGAAACGUCUACAGCUUCGGUGUCGUACUCUUCGAGAUGAUGACGGGUAAGCUUCCCUAUACGACGGGCAGCGAUACUCCGGACGACAGUGCGUCGGAUUAUCUUGGAGCAGCGGGGCCGCUCAGGGAGAUAGUGGACCCCACUUUAAGGAAUUACAGAGAAGACCAACUUGAAAUGAUUGGUGAUGUGAUCAAGUGGUGCACGGAUUCCGAUCCGAGAAAACGGCCUUCAAUGAGAGAAGUUUGUUCGAGGUUGAGGGAGAUAACUGGGGUUGGACCCGAUGGGGCGAUUCCGAAAUUAUCGCCUCUUUGGUGGGCUGAACUUGAGAUUCUGUCAAAUGAAGGUAGCUAAAAUGGGAUUUUUAUAUAGAGACUUGUUUUUGUUUGAUGUUUUAUUGUAUGUGGAAAAGUGUUUUUUUUGCUGCUUGUUUAGUGGUGUGGUGGUAAAUGGUAAUAUGUAUAUAUUGAUGGCUGGGGGAUAAAAUGGGGGUAAAUUUGUAAUUUUGGUGUUUUUGACUAAUUAUAUUUGUGAAUGAUAAAGAUAUAUGGGUGCAGAUGCACUUGAAAAAAAUAUAUGUUUUAUUGUCAAAAGAAAUC